UUGUAAGAUAUAAUUCACAAUGUUCUGUGCCAUUUUAAAGCGAAGACUAUCGUUGGUUAUUACUUGUUACUUGUUAUUGUAUUUUUUACUAUUUUCGAAUCAAUAGCAUCGAUAGAAGAAUCGAAUUCGAUUUCUUCGUAAAUUAUUAGUGAAAGAGUGUAGCUCACUUCAACGUUCAAUUGCCCUUUACCUACAGGAAACUUAACCAAUCACUCCGAAUGACAAAUUGAAUUAUUUUUAAAUCCGGAGAAUAUUCGACUCGAUUUAUACGACUUCUUAGCCAUGUCUCAGGUUUGUCCGUCUUCGUCUCAUCAGUUGGUCGCAGCCGCGAUGGCUUUUCGUCGAGCUCGGCGUAAAUUCCCGAAAAAUUUUGGUCUGUAUUGCAACUCGGAAGAAGCAACGAAGUUCGAUAAGGCUGAAAGUCUUAGCGGAAAUGAGGAUUCAAAUGAUCAAGAGAAUUUACUGUUAACGAGGAAUUCUUCAAAAUCAAGGCCGAAUCAAGUAAAGUCGUAUUGGAACGAUGAGUGUGGAGAAAAUGGCUCGACCAAGGAAAAUUUAUUCCAAAAGCCAAUAAUAUGCAGUUGUUGUCGUAAACGUAACGAGCAGUGUAAUGUUGGGGACACGCUCGACAUCGUUCCAAGCAAAGAGCAUAACGAAAUCACGCAGAAAAACGAAUUCUCAAAAUUGGAACAAGUGGAAGGUUGCGACUCGAAGCCAAUGAAGAAUCCCGUAACAGAGUCUCGAAAUUCUAAUCAUUUUCACGGUGCGUUUUCCUACUUGCAAAAACGGAACUCGAAAGAAAUCCCAUCCAAAUUGGAUUCUGUUAAUCUUCUGUACGACCGAGAUCAAAACGAAACGAACAACGUUAAACCUAACGGUUCGUCCAAAGAAGAGAAACGAAAUUGCAGCCGGGACGAGCACGAUUGUAACGGCGAAGGAAAGGGUUGCAAAUCGUUCCAUCGAAAUUUGCGAUGCACGUUCACUCCACAGAAGUACAACCCAUCGUCAUCUAGCAUUUCGCACGCCUGCAACUGCGAGAAACAUUCGACUCUAAAUCUUCUACAGCCUCAUCGAGAUUGCUGUCGCCAGAAUCGUCAUUGUUGCCAUUCUCACGACCACUGCCAUCACCGUUGCGACGAGUACAACAGGCAUUCCUCGAAAGAAAAACGUCUCGCGUCUGACACUUGCCUCUGUUCCUCGAACUCGAACAACUUCAGAAGUUGCAACCGUAACGAUCACGCCAUCGUACGGGAGUCGACUUGCACUAACUGUCGUGGAAAAGAUUCGGAGAAGGUGUUGGCGAUGCAGGAGCAGAACGACGAGGAACUGGACGAUUCCGUGGCCACGAUCAAUCACAAGGAUUCCUUGUGCAUUCUCGUGGAGAAGUACAAGACUAAUAAAAAGUGCAAGCACAAGGCGUAUUUCAAUGGGGUUGAAUUCACGGACGAGCGGAAGGAUGAAUGCGAUAAAUCGUUCAGCUCGGAGACGUGUCAACUGGAUGAAAACGGGAAACAGGGGGGGGGGAACAAAUAUUCGGGCAACGACAAUUCCCGUUUUCGUGGACCGAUUAGGAAACCGCCGUGCAGAUACGGCGAUUGCGGGCAGGUGUUCAAGGAAGGGGACACCAAUCAAUUUAAAAACUUGAAGUCCCGUUUGAUAAAAACUGGCAAUUAUUGUUCAGCGAAAGGUACACCUUGGAGACAUACAUUUUAAAUUCGAGAAAAUAUCUACAUUACUAAGUUUUUGUAUUUAUAUUGUUUUAGUUCACAUGUUUAUUAUAUAUUCUUUUUUUUCAUACGCAAUUACCUAGUUAUAGAUGAAUUUAGAGCAUUUUUUUUAUU